GGCGUGAGUCCACGCCCGGCAAGGACUAUAAUAUGGAUUUAGAGCUCAAGGAGUAUUAUAACAAGACACUUUCUGCAGAUAAUGAUACUGCUGCCACUCGGAAUUCUGAUUUUCCAGUCUGGGAUGACUAUAAAAGCAGUGUAGAUGACUUACAGUAUUUUCUGAUUGGACUCUAUACAUUUGUAAGUCUUCUUGGUUUUAUGGGGAAUCUACUUAUUUUAAUGGCUCUCAUGAAAAAGCGUAAUCAGAAGACUACAGUAAACUUCCUCAUAGGAAAUCUGGCCUUUUCUGAUAUCUUGGUUGUGCUGUUUUGCUCACCUUUCACAUUGACCUCUGUCUUGCUGGAUCAGUGGAUGUUUGGCAAAGUCAUGUGCCAUGUUAUGCCUUUCCUUCAAUGUGUGUCAGUUUUGGUUUCCACUUUAAUUUUAAUAUCAAUUGCCAUUGUCAGGUAUCAUAUGAUAAAACAUCCUAUAUCUAAUAAUUUAACAGCAAACCAUGGCUACUUUCUGAUAGCUACUGUCUGGACACUAGGUUUUGCAAUUUGUUCUCCCCUUCCGGUGUUUCACAGUCUUGUGGAACUUCAGGAAACAUUUGGCUCAGCGUUGCUGAGCAGCAGGUAUUUAUGUGUUGAAUCAUGGCCAUCUGAUUCAUACAGAAUUGCCUUUACUAUCUCUUUAUUGCUGGUUCAGUAUAUUUUGCCCUUAGUUUGUCUAACUGUAAGUCACACCAGUGUCUGCAGGAGUGUAAGCUGUGGAUUGUCCAACAAAGAAAACAGACUUGAAGAAAAUGAGAUGAUCAACUUAACUCUCCAUCCAUCCAAAAAAGGUGGACCUCAGGUGAAUCUCUCCAGCAGCCAUAAAUGGACUUAUUCAUUCAUCAGAAAGCACAGAAGAAGAUACAGCAAGAAGACAGCAUGUGUAUUACCUGCUCCAGCAAGACCUGCUCAAGAAAACCUUUCUAGAACACUUCCAGAAAACUUUGGGUCUGGGAGAAGUCAACUCUCUUCAUCCAGUAAGUUCAUACCAGGGGUCCCCAUUUGCUUUGAGAUGAAACCUGAAGAAAACUCAGAUGCUCGUGAAAUGAGAGUAAAACGUUCUGUUACAAGAAUAAAAAAGAGAUCUCGAAGUGUUUUCUACAGACUGACCAUAUUGAUAUUAGUGUUUGCUGUUAGUUGGAUGCCACUACACCUUUUCCAUGUGGUAACUGACUUUAAUGAUAACCUUAUUUCAAACAGGCACUUCAAGUUGGUGUAUUGCAUUUGUCAUUUGUUAGGCAUGACGUCCUGUUGUCUUAAUCCAAUUCUCUAUGGAUUUCUUAAUAAUGGAAUUAAAGCUGAUUUAAUGUCCCUUAUACACUGUAUUCAUAUGUCAUAGUUCUCACUGUUUACCAAGAAAAGAAAAAAUGUUGGAGUCAUCUAAGAUAUAUUCGUGAUAACUAUGUCUGUAUAAUAAAUAUAAAUGUUAAUAUAUGAAAUUUAAUUUAUGUGAAAGAGUUCAGGAUUUGAAUGUCAGUUCAUAAUAUAUGGAAGAUAAUUUUAAUAAUAUUUAUUUAGUUGUA